GAUAGGUACCAGUUGAAAAUAUCCGUAUAAUUAAUAUUAUUAUAAUAAACGAUAUCUUAUCCAUAUCCGUAAUGAAUAAUUGAGUAUCUUGACAUCAGAUUUGGUGACCAUUCGCUAUAAGUCCUAAGUGUUGUGUAAGAAAAUGAUAGACAAAGUUUUUAUAAUAUUAGUUUUAGUGGCUUACGCCUUCAGUGAUUCUUGUGUAAGAUACAAUUUUGAAGAAGACGAUUUCAACGAUGUAUUUACUAAUAGCAGAGGACAAUGUGACAACAUGUUGUUCUGGCAUAUUGGACGAUACGAAGAUUUAACAUUGCCAGUACAAAAUCCGCACAGUGCCUCUUUUAUAACCCCUCAAACAUCUAUGAGUUGUGUGUCUUCAUUUGCGUUUCCCAUGGUCCCCGGAGGUAGGAUUGAAAUAAAGAUUCAUAUGAAGGUAAUGGACAACAACGACAUGAUUAUGGUGUUCGCUAAUGAAAUAGAUGAAGAUACUGAAGAUAAAGUAGUAGGUUUCAUUUCGAAUUCGCCUCAGGAGCCUGGUUUUCAGACCGAGUGGAGUAUAAUGCCGAUCACUGUAUCUGGUUUAACUCCUUUUGAAGGAUAUGUAUCCAUCAUGGGCAUGGCGCAUGAAGAUUCUAUUGUAUUAGUGGAUUCAUUCCGCUACAUACCUCCAGAUAUGGAUGAGAGUUUAUGUCCUUUUUAUGACGAUGUAUCUGAACCUGAACCAGAGCCUAAACCUGAACCAGAGCCUGAACCUGAACCUGAGCCUGAACCCGUACCUGAGCCUGAACCAGAACCUGAGCCUGAACCUGAGCCUGAACCUGAGCCUGAACCUGAGCCUGAACCUGAACCUGAACCAGAACCGGAACCUGAACCUGAGCCCGAACCAGAGCCUGAACCUGAACCAGAGCCUGAACCGGAACCAGAGCCUGAACCUGAACCAGAGCCUGAACCGGAACCUGAACCUGAGCCUGAACCAGAGCCUGAACCGGAACCAGAGCCUGAGCCCGAACCAGAGCCUGAACCUGAACCAGAGCCUGAACCUGAACCAGAGCCUGAACCUGAACCAGAGCCUGAACCGGAACCAGAGCCUGAACCUGAACCAGAGCCUGAACCGGAACCUGAACCUGAGCCUGAACCAGAGCCUGAACCUGAACCUGAGCCUGAACCAGAGCCUGAACCUGAACCUGAGCCUGAACCUGAGCCUGAGCCUGAGCCUGAACCUGAACCUGAACCUGAACCUGAACCUGAGCCUGAACCUGAACCGGAACCUGAACCUGAGCCCACAAAACCGACAUCAACAACAACAACAACAGAAAAGACUACAUCGACUACAGAAGAGACCACAACAACAACAGAAGCUUCUACUGAAAACCCAGAUAAUAGCCCGGUGCAGAAUGGUUUUUGGAACCCGUUUACCAUAGCCAUGGUGGCUGCGCUUAGUCUCAUAGUCGCAGGUAUUAUAUGUUACCUGUUUUACGAAUGCGGGCGAAGACGAGCGAAACCUAUUGUUAUUAUUGACGAUGUCACUUACGAUGAUCUGCCCCCCACUCUCAAAGUACCAAGAGUUAAAAAUAUAAUCACCGAACCAAAAUUCACUCUUCCCUAAUCCACUUAAAUAUAUGGGAAUCGGUUUUAAAACUUGUCUAUUCCAUAAACUUUCCUACAAAGUACCUGAGUUUUAGCGAAUUAAGUUUUUGUCGACAUUGACAUAGAUGUAAGUUAUGCAGAAUUAGGAAAAAAAGGUACCUAACUACCUACUCACCUAACUUUCACGAAGCAGCCCGGAGUCUGGAUUUCGGGAAGUUGGCGGUGUUUCAACACCGAUGCCUAGGAGGACACCUAAAGCCGGAUCCCCGAAUGCUACUUGGUACAUUUGUAGUCUUUGUAAUAAUUCUACGUUAGAGACCGUCAGUUGGAAUUGAGGAAACUCUGACACUAAGGCUUUUUAGGUAGUUAAAACCAUCAGCUCACUCGCUAAGAAGCAUCAGCAACGCACGCGACAAGAAGAAGAAGGCCUCCUAUCUGCAAGAAUAUGGAGUAAUGAAUUGGUCUGAAGCGGCAGCCCAUUGAUAUAAUUUAAGUACAUAAUUGCUGCAGCCAAAUUAUCCAGAAAACAAUCGCACUCUUGUAAAAAUAUAAGCAAAUUCUACAGAC